CACAGAAUGGAUAUCUGGAAUCUGGCAAUCAGAAUCAUUUUCUUAUCACAAACUACCAGUGGAAUUCUGGGAAAUCUCCUUCUUAUGUUAUACUACCUAGUCCUUUACUACAGAGAAUGCACAUUAAAGCCUACAGAUUUGAUUCUCAUGCACUUAAUAGCAGCCAAUACCUUGGUCAUUCUCUCUGCAGGAGUGCCCCAAACAAUGGCAGUUUGGGGAUUGAAGCAGUCCUUGAAUGAUUUUGGGUGUGACCUCCUACUGUACAUUCAAGGAUUUGCUCGAAGUGUGUCUAUUGGCACCACCUGCCUCUUGAGUAUCUUCCAGGCCAUGACCCUCAGUCCUAGGACCUCCUGUUGGAAUGACAAUAAAGUCAAAGCUUCAAAUUACAUUAAAUGCUCCAUUUCCCUACUCUGGUUCUUCUACAUGGUGAUACGGUUCAUUUUCCUUGUGCACAAUUUUAUCAAAAUGAACAACAAAAAUAUUACAAAAGGUCGAGAUUUUGGAUAUUGCUCUACUGUAGAGCGUGAUGAAAUCAGUGACUCACUCUAUACAGCACUGGUGAUUUGCCCUGAGUCUUUUUUUGCCGUGCUCAUCACAUGGUCCAGUGCCUCCAUGAUUGUCGUACUCUGCAGACACAAGAAGAGGGUUCAAAAUAUCCGCAGCUCUCAUGGUUCCAGGAGAAACUACCCUGAGUCCAGAGCGACCCAGAACAUCCUUGUCCUGUUGGCUACCUUCCUGGCUUUUUAUAUGCUCUCCACCAUCUUGCGAGGCUGCAUUGCUCUGUUGUAUAAUCACAGUUGGUGGCUGGUGUACAUUUCUCGCCUCACUUCCCUUUGUUUUCCCUGUUUUGUACCAUUUGUUAUUUUGAGACAUUACUCAGUUUUGUUCUUAUUCAGUUUGAUAUGGUUAAGGAAAUAA